GCCCAGGGUGGCCCUGCGCGCAGGAGCCGCCGCGGAGCCGGGGCCGGGGGAGCAGGGCGGUGCUCUGCGGGGUGAGGGGCGCCCCGCUCCCGAGCGGGCGCCGGGUGGGCGUCGCUGGUGGGCGGACCCGGGGCGGUGCGCGAGCGGCGCGGGCAGGGUUCCUGCGGGUGGGGCGCUUAGUCCCGCCCCAAAGGAGGCGGGAGCGGUGUCCGAGCCGGGCCCGCCGCAGCUCCCGCCGGCCCGCUCCGUCCCGCGUCCCUUCCCCGGGCGGCCCCCCGGCCGGGCCCAGCCCCCGCCAUGCGCCCCGCGGGGCUCCGCGAGGCCGCGCCGCUCGCCGGGAUCGCGCUGCUGCUGCUGGGGGCUCCCUUGGCGCUGGCCGGCGAGGACUGCCUGUGGUACCUGGACCGGAAUGGCUCCUGGCAUCCGGGCUUCAGCUGCGAGUUCUUCACCUUCUGCUGCGGGACCUGCUACCAGCGCUACUGCUGCAGGGACCUGAGCCUGCUCAUCACCGAGAGGCAGCAGAAGCACUGCCUGGCCUUCAGUCCCAAGACCAUUGCAGGCAUCGCCUCGGCUGUGAUCCUCUUUGUUGCUGUGGUUGCCACCACCAUCUGCUGCUUCCUCUGCUCCUGCUGCUACCUGUACCGCCGGCGCCAGCAGCUCCAGAGUCCCUUUGAAGGCCAGGAGAUUCCGAUGACAGGCAUCCCAGUACAGCCAGUGUACCCAUACCCCCAGGACCCCAAAGCUGGCCCUGCACCACCACAGCCUGGCUUCAUGUACCCGCCUAGUGGUCCUGCUCCGCAGUACCCAAUGUACCCCGCUGGCCCCCCGAUCUACAACCCUGCUGCUCCUCCCCCCUACAUGCCGCCGCAGCCCUCCUACCCAGGAGCCUGAGGAGCCAGCCUUGUCUCUGCUGGCCUUCAGUGACGCCAGCCUUGGGAGAUGCCCUCGCCCUGCACCUGCGUCUGCCCCGGGGUGGGCAGGGGCCUCCAGUCACCAGGCCCCAGACCAAGCCCAGUACUGGCCCUGCGGGGACAGAGCCCCAGGAAGUGGAACGGGAGCCAAGCUGGAACCAGGCCAUGAGUGAGAGGCCGGGGGAGGGUUUGGGGUUGGUGGGCUAAUUUUACUAAGGACAAGGGAGGGAGAUGACAGCCGGGGUCACAGCCCCUGUUUUCCAAUAGUCCCUCUGCUCCUGGGACCCCGGCCCAGAAGGCUGGGGCCGUCCUGUUUGCCCGUGUGGGCGGGGUGGGGCGGGGAGGAGGCUGUCUGGGCAGCGGGCAGUGGCCUUCCCCUCUGCCUGCCCCGCGGGCCAGGGCUCUGGCCUGCUGGAUUAAAGCUGUAAAGAUGUAACUCA